AUGAAAAAAGAGUCCUUAUUCUCAUUUAUUCCUUUCCUUUCGCGUGUUUUUUUUCUUUUUAUUCAAAACUUAAUGAGAAAUCACAAUGAAAAUGUGGAGGUCUACAUCAGACCUGAGAACAACAAAUAUGAAGCGUUCGAAAGACCGAAGAACGAUUUGCUGCUGAAGGUUAUAGAAAACAAGGAUGGGGAGAAGGCAGGAGUAGACAAAAUUCCCUUUUGGUUGAUGAGACAAGCUGGUAGGUACCUGCCAGAGUAUAGACAAAUGAGAAAAAAAUAUGAAUUUUUUGAAAUAUGUCAAAACCCAGAGCUAUCUUCAGAAGUGACUAUUAUGCCACUAAAACGGUUUGGAUGUGAUAUGGUUGUAAUUUUUUCAGAUAUAUUAAUAAUUUUUGUUGCAAUGGGUAUACAAGUAAAGUUUAUUGAGAAGGUUGGUCCAACAUUUGACAAGAACAUAACUACAUUUGAAGAUUUCAAUAAAUUAAAUUUAUCAAUUGAAGAGAUUAUAAAUAAUUUACACUAUGUGUACGAUUCAAUAAAUUUAACAAAAAAAAAAAUUAACAACUCAGUUCCAUUAUUAGGUUUUGUAGGAUCUCCUUUUACACUGUUUACCUACGUCACCAAAAAUAAUAAGAAAACGUAUGAAGAUAGCCUAAAAAUUAUGUAUGAAAAUCCAAAGGAUGCACAUAAAAUUAUUAACAAGUUAAGUGAUAUAUGUAUAAGUCACUUGAUUAAUCAAAUUGACAGUGGUGCAAAUGUUAUUCAGAUUUUUGACAGCAAUGCAGAUAUAGUAGACGUCCAUACCUUUUCAGAAUUUAGUUUACAAUAUUUAAAAAAAGUUACCAAUACGAUUAAAAAAUACAAACCUCAAACUUAUAUUAUUUUAUUUCUCAAGGAUAAUUUUCAUCCAGACGUCAAAUAUCUAAAUGUAGAUGUCUUUUCUAUUACACAUAAACAGCUAGCCAACUAUUCAUCCCAAUUUUAUGACAACUUAUUUGAUAAUAAAAUUAUUUUACAAGGAGCCUUAGACCCACAUAUACUCCUUUUAAAUAAUGAAAGGUUAGUUUCAAAAUACACAUCUCGAAUGAUCAAUCAGAUUUCACAGAAAAAUAAAUUCAUUGCCAACUUAGGACACGGCAUCUUGCCCAACUCUAGAAUUGAAAAUGUCCAUGCUUUUAUUGACGCCGUUAGGAAAUACAAAUUGGAUUAA